CUCCUUCCUCCGCCUCUUUCUCUGUCUCCUCGAAAGAGAAAAGGACAGAGUGAAACGGUAACAUCUAAACACGUCCUUUUCCGUCCUACUAUGUCUAUGGAGACCCAUAAUUCCUUCAAAAUUUCCUUCCCUGCUUUAACAUUUUCACACAUUUCGUUUUAAAUUCAGCAUUUCUACUCAUCUUUCUGGUGAAUUGUCUUACUGCAUCGCUCAAUUCCGGCAGCCGGCUGAUAUACUUGGCGUUAAGGCUCAUGGCUCAACGGGAAGAAGGGUGGCCUCUUGGUCUCCCACUGAAUGCGAGAAUUGGGUUCUUGAGGAAUCUCGAUCUCUCUGGAUCAGUUUCUUUCAGUACUCUGCUCACUGCUUCCCCCACUUCCUCCACCGUUUCUUCAUCAGAUCUUGAUACAGAGUCAACUGGAUCUUUCUUCCGUGAUAAAAGCAUCACUCUCGGGAGCCUGAUUGGUGUCUCCAGCAUUCUGGAGCUCACACAGAGAUCGACCAGGAGAAGAAGAAUGGAAAACAUAAAGGACCAGAAGAAUUACAAGACUAGCAGACCCUGGCUGUUUUCAUUGUGUUCAAAGCUAAGCACUGAUGCUGUGGAUACGAGCACCACUCCUUCUCUAGGCCAUUUUCUUGAAGCUGAGAGGAAAGCCGCUAAUGUGUACAGAAGGAAUCAGAGCCCGGUUGCUCCUGACUCUGGUGAUUUCUCCCCAGUUACAAUGCCUGAAGCAAAUUCGAUAUUUGUUGGUGAUCAUGUUGAUCCUCAUUCUGAAGCUGCAUUGGGGAUAGCAGGUAGCAGGAAAGCAGGCAGGGAACUUCUAAGGCAUGGCAAUGGUUAUGGAGUCCCCUUACCAUUUCCAUGCAUGUGUGGACAACUAAUUGAAUGAUGACUUACCAUUGAACAUUUUACGUGUUUUGUUUCUUCAGAUUUACUUUCUGGAUCCUGAGGAUUUCAAAGUUUCAUUGUUUGUAUAAACCUGUUUGGAUGAAUUCUAAAGCACUAGUUGACUUCAACAAAAUUUUCAUAGAACC